CCAGUUUCUCGUAUUCAUCCAUGAACGCAGGUCUAAUACGAAGACAAUUAACUGAUUGUUCUUUGGGUCCCUUCGAUUACUCACCUCACUGAUUUAAUUGUCAUCAAUCUAUCCUGGGUUCUCUCAAGUUCUUGUCGUUUCUUUCCAAUCUUCUCAUCCAAAUUCGCUUCGUCCGAAGCGACAUGUUCAAUCUUAUAAUUAAUAGUUUCGAUCUCUUUUUCGACUCGUUUGAUCUCAUCUCGUAAACUUUUCUCGAUUUCCGGAAUUUCGAGUUGACGAUUUAGAACUUGAGCUCGUUUUUCCUUUAUAACAAUUAGAGAAUAAUUAAUGAGAGUAAUCAGAGUAAAAUGUUGAUUACUAAUAUAUGAAAAGUUAAAUUACAUAGUAGUUAUAUGGAGUAAUAAUCAAGAAUGAGAACAAUUAACUUGGUGGUGUUAAGAAUAGACUUUGAUUGUUACAACUGAUUUGUUUUCAAUUUGUGGUAACCAAGGGUUGGGUUGAGUGGGAGGAGGAAAAUGAGAUUGGACAAUUUAUUGAUUUUUGUUAUUCUCAUGAUUAGUUGAUUCUGUUGAUUGUAUUAGUUGUAUUGGUUGUUAUUAUUAUUAUGGUGUUAAUGAGAUGGUAAUUGUAAACAAUUGAAAGACAAUGUCAAGUUUAUCAUCAUCACAAUCAAUCAGUGAUUUAGAUAAAUCAUCAAAUUUGUAUAAAUUUGGUCGAUAUUUUCUAAUUGGUUUGGCAAUCACAACAAUUAUCCUCGAUUCACAUAAAAUGAUUAAUGAAUAUAACAGAUCACAUAUACAAUUAACUUCAUCAUUAUCAACAUUCAAUGUAAUCAAUUACUAUUCGGCUUCAAUAAUCACUCAUAUUGUUGGUUUGGGUGCUGCAAUUGAACACGAAAUUUGGUUAACUGUUACCUGUCGAUUGGUUUCUGCUUUAAUCUAUCAGAUUAAUCUAAAUACUAAAUCAACUGAUUUACCUUCAGAUCCAAAAGAAUUGGAGAAAAUGGUUCGAAAAAAGAUUAAGAAAAAUCCGGAUUUGCUUAAUCAAAUUAAACGAAAACCCUUUUCAUGGGUCGACAUGAUUAAGAAUUUUAUGGUUACCUUUUGAAAUGGAUCUGAUCAAAAUGGACCAACUCAUCUAAUCAAUUUGGUUCACAAUAAUAUAAUUGAUUGUCUUGAUUUACAGUUAAUUGUAUCAUCAUAAUUGUUGGAGAUAAUAAAGUGAUUGGAUUAAUUG